UAACUCCCUAAACACUGGUAAACACUGGAAGGAUUUAUAAUUCAACACGUUUCCUUGAAAUUUUCCAUUCGACUGAGAAUUGUACAUAUUUUCGAUGACGGCGAGUGCGAACCUUUCGGGAAGAUUCAUCAAAGAUAACAACAGCAAUGGCACUGCGAAUGGCGCCACCAGCAUUGACGGUGCGCUGCCGGAAAACGCCGAGGCGACCUUCCAUCCCAACUCCAGUGCCUCCCUCGAUUGGUCCACAGAUGAACAGUCUAUACUUGAAGAUUUGCUGUCCAAAUACAGCUCAGACACUAUCAUAGUUCGAUAUGCUAAAAUUGCUCAGCAGUUAAAUGAUAAGACAGUUCGUGAUGUGGCAUUGUGCUGCAAAUGGAUGACUAAGAAAGGGUAUGGAAAGCGGAGGAAAGACGAUCAAAAUUCAUUGAGGAAAAACAAAGACAAAAAGGAAAAGGUUACUGCUUCUGUGCCAAGAUCUUCUCAAUUUGCAAAUCGUUCCAAUGGCUUUCCCCAUACUCAGCCAGUGCUGUCAAUCGACAAUGACGAUGGAAUCUCAUACAAAGACAUUGGUGGAGCGACUGGACAGCUUCUUGAACAAAAUGCUCAAGCCUUCGAUCAAAUUUCUGCCAACUUUUCUGCUCUCAAGAUACACGAGAACAUCAACCUCUUCUGCCAAACUCGAAACAAUAUUCUAACUAUGUUAAAAGAGAUCGAGGCAAAGGCGGCACUCCCAAAGCAGAUGCCACCAUUUCCUGUGAAACUGAAUGAAGAGCUUGCUGAUUCUAUUCUUCGUCAAACGUCUAUGCUGAUGCCAAUGCCAAAUCAAUCUUGAGAGGUUCUCCUUCCUUUAGAGAGUAAUGAUGCUUCUGACUGCUUCCCUUUAGUUGGCACCUUUUACAUAUAUGUGUAGCGAAAUAAACUGCUUAGUUAGUCCAGUCACAGUUGAAUUUCCUAUGAAAUGUUUAUCUCUUAAGAGCCUUUUUAUAUUUUAUUUUGUUGGGUGAAUCGGUUGUUAGUUCUGUACAUAAUUGUCAGGUAAAAGUAAGUUGGAGGUUUUACUAUUUA